AUGACCCUGCUCAAGCUGUCCCCUCAUGCCUUCAGCUUCGUCUUCUGGGCAGCGGGGCUGACCAUGCUCAUCAUCGGCCUCUGGGCCAAGGUGUCUCUGGGCAGCUACCUGGCGCUGUCGGCCAGCGACUAUCCCAGCGCCCCCGCCAUCCUCUUAGCCACCGGCGCCGCCGUCAUCAUCUGGGGCUUCCUCGGAUGCUUCGGCGCCACGGAGCACCGGGGGCUCCUGCGCGCCUACAGCGCGUUCCUGACGGCCGUGCUGGCGGCCGGGCUGGCGGCCGGGCUCUCCGCGCUGCUGUACCGCCAGACCCCUGGCGCACGGCUUCCAGGAGGGCUGCGCCAGGCACUGCUGGCAUACGGGGAGGACGAGCGGGUGGCGGACGCCCUGGACGCGCUGCAGCGCGCCUUGUCCUGCUGCGGGGUGCAGAGCUACCGCGACUGGCUCGCCUCGCCUGGGGCUGAGCAGAACGCGGUGCCGCUCAGUUGCUGCCGGGGCGCCGGGGCUGCCAGGCGCAGCCCGCCCGACGCUCGCAGGCUGCACCGUGACGGCUGCUUCGCCAAGGUGUCGGCCUUCGUCGGCAGCAACAUGUCUUAUGUUGCCACCGCUGCCCUGGGACUGGCACUGCUGCAGCUCAUCGGCAUUGUGCUGGCCUGCUUGCUGGCUGCCCGCGUCCCUGCUGGCCUGCUGGGCACCACCACCCCUCGCUGA